AUGUCCGACUUCACCUCCAUCCCCAUCAUUGACUUCCGCCGUCUCCGGGACCCCGCAACCAAGCCCGCAACUCUGUCUCAACUCCGCGAUGCCAUUUUCCUCGUGGGCUUCCUGUACCUGACGAACCAUGGACUUGAAUCCCUCACCAAACGCGCCCAUUCCGAGCUUCCGGGGCUGUUUGACCUCCCAUCCGAUGUAAAAGAAAGCGUCAAUAUGAUAAAUUCGCCCUCGUUCCUCGGAUACACCCGUCUCGGGGCGGAGACCACCGCAUCGAGGACGGAUCUGCGCGAGCAAUUCGACUUUGGUUCCCCCGGCAUGAAGGAGUGGACACCGGACCAGCCGAUCUGGGGUCGUCUGGAAGGGGAUGGUCAGUACCCAACGCCUGAAGCAAAAUCGUUAGUAGAGGAGUACAUGACCGCUUCCGCAACCCUGUCCAACGAAUUUCUGCGCUACGUUGCAGAAUGUCUAUCCCUUCCUUCCACCACCUUCGAUACGUACCGAGGGGGUAUGGACCGUCUCAAAUUCAUCAAGUACCCGCCAUCCCCGGCGGAUUCGCAAGGCGUGGGCCCGCAUAAAGAUUCCACGGGUCUAUUCACGUUCCUCUCCCAGGACAGUAUAGGGGGUCUUCAGGUGCUAAAUAAGAGUGGCGAAUGGAUCAACGCACCGCCCAUUGAGGGCAGCCUGGUCGUUAAUAUUCAGCAGGGAUUUGAGGCAAUCACCGGGGGCGUGUGUGCUGCUACGACACAUAGAGUCAUUGCUCCAACCGACACCACUCGCUACAGCAUCCCCUUCUUCAUGGCUGUUCGCCUGGACCUGACACUGUCGCAGCUGCGCGAGUCAGCAAAGCAUAUCGUCGAGCGGGUUCCUGUAUCCGACAAUACCAGAAAGAGGGCCGAAGACGUGCCGAGUGAGUUUCUAUCUGAGAAAUUUGCAUGCUUUGGCGAGGCUUAUCUCCGCAACCGUGUCGUCAGCCACCCUGAUGUCGGAAAGCGAUGGUAUCCGGAGCUAUAUGAGCGGUAUUCUCGGGAGGUGUUGAAGUAA